CAUAGAUACAGCCAUAACACUGCAAGAUUCCUCUGCAAGUCUCUUCUACAUUUGUUUUUUAAUGAAAAUCCAUGGAGUGAAGAAGCUUUUUAUCCUGCAUUCCCAACUGCCCUUCUCUCUUCAUCGACAACCACCCGUUCCUCAUCACCAAAAGUCACCACCCAACUCGCCGGAAAAAACAAAAUUCCAGCCAAAUCAUGAACCAAAUAUCCCUGCUUUUGCUUCUCCUUAGCCUGGUUUUUCUCUCUUGUCCAUGUAGCUUUAUGUGUCAUGGUGAAAGUAGAAAUGGUUUGGGUGUGGAAGAAGCAUAUCUCAAGUGGGUUAGGAACAUGGGCUCUCUUACUCAUUCUAUUUUCAGUACAGCAAUGAAGAACAAGCCAAAGCCUUCAAUGUAUAUUACUGUUGAUAAGGAACCAGGGUCGGGUGACUUUGUUUCAGUUCAGGAAGCCAUUGAUUCUCUUCCUGAUGGUAAUGGGGUCAGGGUCGUGAUCUGCAUCCAUGAAGGAGUGUACAGAGAGAAGGUGAAUAUCGCUGCAACAAAGGCAUAUAUAAGUCUAGAGGGAGCUGGAGCUGAAAAGACAGUGAUUGAGUGGGAUGAUACAGCUGAUAAGAUUGGGGCCAAUGGGCAACCCAUGGGCACCUUUGCCUCUGCCACUAUGGCUGUUAAUUCUCCGUACUUCAUUGCUAAGAACAUUACCUUUAAGAACACAGCACCAGUGACAAAAUCAGCAAAGGGAAAGCAAGCAGUGGCACUUAGAGUUUCAGCAGACACAGCUGCCUUCUUCAAUUGCAAGUUUAAAGGGGCACAAGACACACUCUAUGACCACAUUGGAAGACACUAUUUUGAGGGGUGCUACAUAGAAGGCUCAGUAGAUUUUAUUUUUGGAAAUGGUCUCUCUCUAUAUAAGGGAUGUCAUGUCCAUGCCAUAGAUCGUGUGGGGUAUGGUGCCCUAACUGCUCAGAAGAGAGAGAAUAUGUUACAAGAAACAGGGUUCUCCUUUGUGGGUUGUAGGGUUACUGGUUCGGGAGCUUUCUACUUGGGAAGGGCAUGGGGCACCUUCUCUAGGGUGGUUUUUGCCUAUACUUUCAUGGACAACAUCAUAGCACGAAGGGGGUGGUACGAUUGGGGUGAUCCCAGCCGCGAGAUGACUGUUUUCUAUGGACAGUACAAGUGCAGCGGACCAGGAGCACAGUAUGGAGGGAGGGUAAAAUGGUCAAGAGAGCUCACCUCCCAAGAGGCCAAACCUUUCAUCUCCUUGAAUUUCAUUGACGGUUAUGAAUGGCUUGAUUUUCACAACUAACUUAAAAGUUUGUUUAUUUGUUCAUUAUUCAUUUUUUAACAUUAAAAAAAAUUGUUUUUUAUUUUCUUCUUUCUCAAUGUGAAUUUGUGUCAAUUGAAAGAGAUUGGAAGGGUCUAUUUGAUAACCGGAAUCUGGAAGCUCUAAACAUCUAGAAGCAGGAUUUUUUGUUGUCUGGAAAUGAGAAAAUACCACGUUUCAUAACCUUUUCAGAAGUUCUAGCAAGGUUAUGUACUUGUGUCUGAUUGAAUAUGAAA